AUGGCUGACACCGAAGCUACCAAACCCACCGUCGAUGCUUCCGAGCAGACCGGCGCCAGCGCCGCCGCCGAGGAGGCCGAGAACGACCCUCACUUUGAGCCCGUCAUCAAGCUCGAAAACCAGGUGGAGACCAAGACGCACGAGGAGGACGAGGAGGUGACGUUCAAGAUGCGUGCCAAGCUCUUCCGAUUCGACAAGGAUGCCAAGGAGUGGAAGGAGCGCGGUACCGGCGACGUGCGUCUGUUGGAGCACAAGCAGACUCACAAGGUCCGCCUCGUCAUGCGUCGUGACAAGACGCUCAAGGUGUGCGCCAACCACUACGUGACGAGCGACAUGAAGCUCAGCCCCAACGUCGGCUCGGAUCGCUCGUGGGUGUACAACGUCGCUGCCGACGUCGCGGAUGGAGAGGCGACGGCAGAGACCUUGGCGAUCCGAUUCGCCAACUCGGAGAACGCGAAUGGAUUCAAGGACGCUUUCGAGGCGGCACAGAAGAAGAACGCCGGUGGCAGCAAGACCGACGCGCCAGCACCGGUUGUCGAGAAGAAGGAAGACGAGGCAAAGCCCGCAGCCGCCGCGGAAGAGAAGACCGAGGAGGCCAAGAAGGACGAGGAGGCCAAGAAGGAGUAA